AUGCCACCCCACCCCGGAUCGGGUCCACUAGGCCGCUCGAUACCCCCACGGAGCUCUCGGCCCGCCCGCGCAGCUCGCACACCAAACGCGGGACGGCGGGUCUCCCCCCUCUCCUCCCACGGGACCCCUCGAGCAAUGGCAAACACAACCACCCUCAGCCUGUAUAGGGCCUCAGACCAGGGCCACCGGCACCCCCUAGCGCCGACCUCACUGCGCCGAGCAGACAAAGUGGGCGCUCGCUCUAUAACCGGAUCUGGUGACGAACAAGGUACUCACCCAUCCGCCAUCCCAAUCCCCAUCUAG